AUGUUUCGACAAAUCAUUUACAUGUGCUUGCUUCUACUUUCUGCAUGGUUGGUUGUUGAAACAAGCACAGCACAACAAACAACUUUUGGAGUUGGAAACUAUUUGAAAGUAAUUGCUGGAACGGGUUCAAGUGUUUACAAUGGAGAUUACAUGUUGGCAUCAUCUGCAACUCUAAAUUCACCUUCAUCUGUUGCCUUUCUCGAAUCAACUGGGGAGAUUCUGAUAUCAGAUACGAGCAAUCAUCGUAUUCGAAAGAUUUUAACUAAUGGCACAAUAACAACAAUUGCUGGAACUGGUACUGCUGGAUAUAAUGGUGAUAACAUACUAGCUACCAAUGCCCAACUUUACUAUCCCUAUGAUAUUGCUGUUAGUCAACUGAGUGAAAUUAUUAUUGCUGAAUUUGGAAAUAGGAUUCGUAAAAUAUUGACAAAUGGUACCAUAACAACAAUUGCUGGGACUAGUGUUGGAGAUGGAGCCUAUAAUGGUGAUUUUAUUCCGUCAACAAGUGCCAAUGUUAAAAAUCCAAAUGCAGUUGCUAUUAGUCAAUUGGGAGAAGUUAUAAUUGCAGGUGUUGCAGUUGACCAAAUAGGUCAAGUAUACAUUUCAGUUCUCUCUCAUUCUAGAAUUCGUAAAAUAUUGACAAAUGGUACGAUUACCACAAUUGCUGGAAUAGGUUCAAAUGGUUACAAUGGAGAUGGAAUAUUAGGAACAAUGGCAAAGAUAUUUUCACCUAGAGGAAUUACAGUAAAUCAAUUGGGUGAAGUAUUUUUUGCAGAUUCAGUCAAUUUCAGAGUUAGAAAGAUUUCAACAAGUGGAAUUAUUUCAACAUUUGCUGGAACAGGAAAUCAACUUUUCAAUGGGGAUGGUUUAUUGGGAAAUUCUACAAAUUUAUCACCUCAUGGAGUUUCAAUCAAUCAAUUGGGUGAAAUAUUUAUUGCAGACACUAAUUAUAAUUAUAUUAGAAAAAUUGUACCAUGUCCUUUAAAUUCUACUCAAUCAGGAAGUGAUUGUAAUUGUUUUGAAGGAUAUUUUGGAUAUGGAACUAGUUGUAAUUUAUUUAAUUGCAAUGGAGUAAGAUAUGACAGUUCAGGUGUUUGUUCUUCACAUGGAUUUUGUUAUGCAUAUAAUGCUUGUUCAUGUCAAGAUCAUUAUAAUGGGUCGUAUUGUCAGGAAUAUUCAUGUUUUGGAAUAUCAAAUAGUCAACCAAAUGUUUGUUCAGGUUUUGGUAAAUGUACUGCCAAAGAUGAAUGUACUUGUAAUAGUGGAUAUCUAAAUUCCACAUGUAGCAUGUUUAAAUGUAAUAAUAUACUCAAAACAGAUGUAAACGUAUGUUCCUCAAAAGGAAAUUGCAUUGCACCAAACAAUUGUUCAUGUCAGACAGGUUAUAGUGGAGCUGAUUGUGAAACAUUUAAUUGUUUUGGAGUUUCUUCUAGUAGUAGACUGGUUUGUUCAAGUAUUGGUGAAUGUACAGCUCCUGACACUUGUACAUGUCCAACAUCAGAUGUAACAACUUAUAAUAAGGAUUGCUCAGCAAUUAAUAAGCAAAAUAAUGGAACAAAUCUUAGUGCUCAAUCUGAUCAAACAACUAUACUAGUUGCAGUACUUGUUCCAACCCUAUUUAUUGUAAUUUUAAUCAUUGUAAUUUUUGUAAUUAUCAUUAUUGUGUUAAUUAAUAGAAAUAGAGCAAAGGAAGCAACUUUGAACAUUGAUACGGUGAAUCCUUCGGAAGAAGAAUUAAAAUCAUUCACACAAUCAACAAUGAUUUCUGAUUUCCCUUCUCAAUAUACUUCAUCUUCAAAAGAAUCUCAAAAUGAUCCAAUGGAUAGAUAUACAAAUUUGGUAAAGAUUGGACAAGGUGGAAGUGUGUUUAAAGUGAAUGACACUAAAUGUAAUAAUGAAGUCAAAGCAAUCAAAGUGGUUAGAUUUGAUAACCAUGAAGAUUUGAACGUGGCUAUGAGAGAAGGAAUUCAACUUUUAAAGAUGAAUCACCCAAAUGUUCUCAAAGUGAAUGAUUUCUUUAUUGGAAAUGGUCAAAUUCUAUGUAUUGAUAUGACUUAUUAUGAGAUGGGUGAUUUGAAUAGACUCAUUACUGGAUCCAAAUUUUGUUCAGAACUUUUAAUUGCUCAAAUAUUAUUUCAAUCAUGUAGUGCCUUGGAUUAUAUUUUCAUCAACUUUGGGUAA